AUGUGUGAAUGCGAGGCGUCCGAUAGUGAUGUUGGGGACAAUGUUCCACUAAACAUACAGCCUAACAACGCCGUGGACGUUGUCCAGUCCCAUACCUAUGGGGCCGACAGCUCGACUCUCGAAGUUCCAUCAAAUUUACGCUCCACCGGAGUGAGUGUGGUGAAUGUCAUUACUCCAACUGCCCAUCCUACUUUGGAUCGCUUACUCGAUUGCAUGGCUACUGGCCCAGCUUACCACUGCAUUCCCGUACCAGUACCAACUGUCGCUUCCUUGUCAAACCAUCCCACUCAUUUGAACUCUGCGUGCAAACCUGCGGAUCCUAUUUCACUGAGUUUUGAUACCCAGUCUAACACCUUGAAAUAUUCACAUGUUAGUAUAUCCGAUUUCGGUCGAUAUUAUGACCACAGAAGGAAGAGACUAGUCAACUCGGUUUCUGGUGACACUGUCUGUUCACUGUGUGUGCCUUUCCACUUAUCGAAACCUAUACCUGCCCCGGCAAAAUAG